AUGUCGCAGCCCGAGGCUCGCCGCCGCCGGCGAAGUCGCGAACCCAGGCGCGAGGAACCCCGCUCCCCACAGCAGCUUGUGGAAGACACCGUCGGCGAGAUCGUCCUCCGCCUCCCGCCCGACGACCCCGCACUCCUCGUCCGCGCCUCCGCCGUCAACAAGACCUGGCGCCGCGCCGUCGCCGAGCCCUCCUUCCCCGCCAGCUACCGUGCGUUCCACAAGAAGCCCCCCGUCCUCGGCAUCUUCCGCACCGACGCGAUCCUGAUCCCCACCACGUCGUUCUGCCCGGCCGCCGCCGGCUACCGCGACUGCCAGGUGCUCGACUGCCGCCAUGGCCGCGUCCUCCUCGAGAACCUCGACUGUGGGGACAUCGACGUCUGGAACCCCAUCACCGGCGACCAGUACACCCUCCCGGAGGCUCCCGAAGACAUCUCCCUCGUCUGCAACGGCGCGGUGCUCUGCGCCGCCGCCGACGACGACUGCGACCACCUCGCCUGCCACACCGGGCCCUUCCUCGUGGCCUUAGUGGGCGCCAGCGCUGAAGGGCAGAUUCACGCCUGCCUCUACUCAUCGGAGAGCGGCGAGUGGAGCGGGCUGACCUCCAUCGACCUCGACUACAUCGCGCCGGAUCACUUCACCACCACCUGCAUCACCGUCGACGUCGUGCCUGCCGCGCUCAUGGAGAACGCACUCUACUUCAUCGGCGACUUCGGCAAUGAGAUCCUGAAGUAUGAGUUCGAUCCGGAGGAGCCGAGCCUGACGGCGAUCGACCCGCCGCCGGGCGUGGAGACUUGCUGUGAUGGCGUCGUCGUCAUGCCGGAGGCGGACGGCAGGCUGGGGUUCGCCUACGUGGAGGCUCACAGGCUCCAUAUGUGGUCGAUGCAGGCAGGCCCUGAUGGAAACCCCCAAUGGGAGAAGCGCAGGGUCAUUCCUCUGGAGUUGCUGCUCCCCCCGAUUCGCCGUGCGUCACCAUAUCUGACUGGUUUUGUGCAUGCCAUCAAUUGCAUUGUCGUGACAACAGAAGAUGAAGUAUACACCAUUGAGCUCAAGUCAUACAAGACAAGGAAGAUCUGCAACAAGGACAUGUCCUACUCUGGCUUUCUCUUCACUGCUUUCUGCAUUCCUGAUUUUGCAUUUGUGCCGCCACCGCCACCAGGCCCGCCACCGCCACCACCACCUGCGGCGAAUGAGGACUAA